AAAACAGACAGAGCCCUCGAAGACAGACAGAGUCCUACAAGACAGACAGAGGCCUAGAAGACAGACAGAGGCCUAGAAGAUAGACAAAGGCCUAGAAGACAGACAGAGGCCUAGAAGAUAGACAAAGGCCUAGAAGAUGCAGUACUCCAGAAUGGAUAUGGAUGAAGGGAGUCACAUACUCAGUCGUGAUAACAGCAUGACUGCCCCCUCGUCCCCUACUUCCAGUCAUGCUAGUGAUAUGUACCAGCUAGUGGACAAUGAUGAGGAAAAGCGCCAGAAAAGUAACAUUCCCAUGGCCAGCUUUAACUUCAUCAACUCCAUCAUUGGAUCUGGAAUCAUAGGUAUGCCAUUUGCCCUAAAGCAGGCAGGAUUUGGGAUGGGAAUAAUUCUCCUUAUUCUAGUCUCUAUCAUGACAGAUUACUCCCUGAUCUUGUUAAUCCAUGGAGGGGAACUGUCUAACACCUAUUCGUAUCAGGACUUGGUGCGUGCAGCUUUUGGGAGACCAGGGUUCUAUGUGCUGACUAUAAUGCAGUUCCUCUAUCCCCUCAUAGCAAUGAUUAGUUAUAAUAUCAUCAUUGGGGACACAAUCACAAAAAUAGUUGUCAGAUUAGGUGGAGAAUCUCUACGAUAUUCCAUAUUAGGAAAUAGGCAAUUUAUCAUCGUCAUAGUAACCCUACUAUUCACACUACCGCUUAGUCUCUAUCAGAAUAUAGCCAAACUUAGCAAGGUGUCUCUGAUUGCGCUGUUAGGGAUCCUGUUUAUUAUUGGGGCAAUGAUUAGUAAAGCUGUUACUAUGAAAGAUAUGGUACCUGCAACAGAAGGCGCCUGGGAGUUUGCUAACUAUAACAUCACUUCUGCACUGGGGAUCAUGGCAUUUGCUUACAUGUGCCACCAUAACUCGUUCAUCAUCUACGACUCUCUGGAGAAAAGAUCGGAGAAGAACUGGCAAGUCGUAACGCACCUGAGUGUUAUCUUCUCCAUGCUUUGUACUCUGGCCCUGGCAGUGACUGGAUAUAUCACUUUCACUGGACUAACUGAAGGAGAUGUACUGGAGAACUACUGUCAUAAAGAUGACCUUGCUAAUGCUGCUAGAGUCAUCUUUGCUAUAACUAUCAUGCUGACUUUCCCAAUAGAGUGCUUCGUAACCCGUGAGGUGAUUGAAAUUGCAGUGUUCCCCAACCGAUCAUUUCCUAAACCAUUAUGGCGUCACAUUACAAUCACACUUGUUGUCGUGGUAACUACUGUGUUAAUCUCCAUGUUAACCGACUGUCUUGGAAUCGUUCUGGAACUUAAUGGAGUCCUGAAUGCUGCACCAUUAGCAUACAUCAUUCCUCCGCUCUGCGUCAUGAAACUACAACAGGAACCAAUUUUAUGUCGGAAAAACAUCGGGCCACUUACAUGCGCAUUGUUUGGCGCUCUAGUGUGUGUUAUAGGUAUGGUGAUGUGGAUCUAUAAUCUCGCACAAGGUGUAACAUGUAAUCAUGGACGUGAGAUGGCAUACUGUUUGAAAGCUGAUGGCAAUGCAAGUCUCGUAGAAAAUUCAACACAUUCCUUUUUUACAGAUAUGACCACCACUAGUAAUGUUGUGACUGUUGGUUAGGAUUUUAAAGUAAUUCUAGUAUUUUAUAUGUAAUACAUAUAUUAAUCAAGCUUUCAACACUGAUAUGUUUGGUUUGGCUGCAUUCAGAUGCACAAUCUACCAAUUUUACAAUGUCCAUCUCAAAAAAUGAUUAAAAUAAAACUGAACAAAAGAACCAAUUGAUAUUUAAAUGCUGUCACAAAAAAAUCAUCUGAUAUUUGGGUAUACUUGCAGGGGUUUCAUUAACAGCAGGCAACAGGAGAUUUUCACAAAAUUGUCUUUGUUUUUAGGGACUUUUCAACUUUUCCAUGUUAAAUUGAUAUGAUUUCUAUUAAUUUUGCUUGUUGUUUUCAUUUAUCUAGCUUGUGAGAAAUUUUAGUGAAACUCCUGACUUGUGUAACCUUUUGUAC